AUGUCUUCCAACACCUCAUCUCCAAGCAACCUCUCAACAGUCGCCACCCUCCUCAAAACUACCCCACCCCUCAAGAUCGUCGUCCUCGCUGGCGCCGGCAUCUCAACAGCAGCCAACGUCCCCGACUUCCGCUCCGCACAAACAGGCCUCUACGCCAAACUCGCCCCGCUCAAUCUCCCCUACCCCGAAGCAAUCUUUGACAUCAACUUCUUCAAACACACUCCCGAGCCAUUCUACGCGAUUGCCCGCGCCCGCAAACCCCGCAAUUUGCGCCCCACACUCACACAUGCAUUCCUCGCUCUUCUCGCGAAGAAAGACCUGCUUCAUUUUAUUUUCACGCAGAAUAUCGAUGGAUUGGAAGAAGAUGCUGGUGUUCCGACGAGCCAUGUCUUACCUGUGCAUGGAAAUUGGAAGUCGCAGCAAUGUUAUCGGUGUAAGAGGGGUUAUCCGGACGAUUUGAUGGAGAGGGCGAUUGAAACAGGCGAGGUACCGUAUUGCCUCAAGGAAGGGUGUGUGGGGGUGGUUAAGCCAGACGUGGUGUUUUUUGGGCAGGAUUUGUCUAGGGAGUUUGAGGAGAAGGAAAAGACAAAGUUACCUGAGGCGGAUGUCAUGCUUGUGCUUGGGACUUCGUUGAAGGUUGCUCCUUGUGCGAGGUUACCGAGGGGUGUGAGAGAGGGUGUGCCUAGGGUAUUGAUCAAUUUGGAGCCCGCCGGGGAUAUUGGGAAUAGAGAUGGGGAUGUUGUUGCUUUGGGGCAAUGUGACGAGGUUAUUAGUGCGUUAAGUGAGGAACUGGGGUGGGCGGAAGAGUUGGAUGGUUUGUGGAAGGAGGCUGUUGCAGCCAAGGCUCACUGUGAGGAUGAACAGGGAGAACAGCCAAGUCUAGAUGAGUUGAUUGCGAGGUGUGCUGAGAAGAUCGGGCCAAAGCCUGUAACUGCCGGUCAUCGGCGGAUGCUAGAGGAUCAUCUUUGUACUAAGUUUGCCGGGAUUUUACCUGGCAAGGUUUGA